CACCAUUUCCACGUCAGUAAGUUUGCCUGUGGAGGAGAUUACCACCAGUGACAGAAUAUUAUCUACCCUACAGAAAAACAACAGGGCAUGACAGCACCACGUGAAACUGUCUAAAAUAAUCGUCGCAGGGAUUACGUUGCUACGGGGACGCUGAUUUCUGAUGAGCUGCGCAUAUGCGAGAGUAAUGUGUACACCGCUUAUCCAGUACGUUUAUACAGGAACCCAGCUUUCUCACAAUUCACGAUGGUUUACAAGAAUAUAUACAUUGUUCAAGGGGAGAUUUCUAUUGUUGUUGCUGCUAUCAAGAGGAACUCUAGAUGGAGUACCCACACUCCUUUGGAUGAAGAACAGGAUCCACUUCUUAACAGCUUCAGCCACUUGAAAGAAGAACUGAAUAAGAUAAAAGAUCUUUCUGAAGUGGUGCCCAAUGAGUUCCUUAGACCUUUCCUGGAAGUGGUCCGCUCAGAGGACACAACUGGACCAAUCACAGGCCUUGCUCUCACCUCCGUUAACAAGUUCUUGUCUUAUGGUCUUAUAGAUGCCAAUCAUGAAGGGGCAGCAGAGGGCAUCGAGAACAUGGCUGAUGCUGUCACACAUGCAAGAUUCGUGGGUACUGACCCUGCGAGUGAUGAAGUGGUGCUGAUGAAAAUCCUUCAGGUUUUGAGGACUCUGCUGCUGACUCCAGUAGGAGCCCAUCUAACCAACGAGUCCGUUUGUGAAAUCAUGCAGUCCUGUUUCCGUAUAUGCUUUGAAAUUAGAUUAAGCGAGCUACUGAGAAAGUCAGCUGAACACACACUGGUGGACAUGGUGCAGCUGCUCUUCUCCAGAUUACCACAGUUCAAAGAGGAGGCCAAGAGUUGUGUGGGCACUAACAUGAAGAAGCUAAAGAUGAGAACUGGGGGAAUUAACGAGUCAUCCAAGUGGAAGAAACAGAAAAAUUCACCCCGCUCCCCUCAUCACAUGGUGCGCAGUGCCUCUGGGCCGAUGGAUCCAGUCCAGUCGAGUACCCUCACUAACAACCUUUCAGGUGGAGUUCCAUUCAUAGAGCAGCAGAGUGGAGGUUCCACUAUUUUUGGUUCAGACAGUGCAGGUUCAUCCAUCUCCAGCCCCACCACUGAUAGUGGCCUGUACGCUGGCUCUAAAACCACCUCUAAGGAAGAUCUCACAGACUUGGAGCAGAGCAGCUCAUUGGCCACCACUCCAAUUUCACCUUCUGAGCUAGACAGACUAGAAUCACAGUCUGAGGGCAGAGAAGUGGAGUGUGCCCAUUCAGCCUCAGUGGAGUCCAUUCCUGAAGUCCUUGAAGAACGAGACUUGCUGGCUAACCAGUCUGUUUCUGCAUCAGUCCACGACAUGGACUACGUCAACCCCCGAGGAGUGCGCUUCACUCAAUCCACCCAGAAAGAUGGUGCUGCUCUAAUCCCGUAUGGACUCCCGUGCUUGAGAGAGCUCUUCCGGUUCCUCAUCUCCCUCACCAACCCACACGACAGCCAUAACUCUGAUGUGAUGAUGCACAUGGGCCUGCAACUUUUGAAUGUGGCACUAGAAGCUGCAAACAUCGCCCCCUACCAGUCACUGCUCUGCCUAGUCAAAGAUGAGCUAUGUAGGCACCUAAUACAGUUGUUAAGCUUGGACAGAAUUAAUCUGUACGCUACCUCCAUACGUGUUUGCUUUCUACUCUUUGAAAGCAUGCGAGAACAUCUUAAGUUUCAGCUUGAGAUGUACCUGAAGAAGCUGAUGGAUAUCAUUACCUCAGAAAACCCUAAAAUGCCCUAUGAGAUGAAGGAGGUGGCCCUGGAGGCCAUCGUACAGCUCUGGAGAAUCCCCAGCUUUGUCACCGAGCUCUACAUUAAUUAUGACUGUGAUUUCUACUGCUCCAACAUGUUUGAGGACCUAACCAAACUGCUUUCCAAGAAUGCCUUUCCAGUGUCUGGGCAGCUCUAUACAACUCAUCUCUUGUCUCUUGAAGCUCUGUUGACUGUGAUUGACAGCACAGAGGCUCACUGUCAGGCCAAAGUGCUCAAAAGUGUUGCACAGCAGGACCAGUCAGAAUCAACAAUAGUUGAAGGAGACAGUUUGUUCAAGACCACCACAGAUUCAACCACAGAGGCUGGCAAAUCUGUCCUCAUUUUUAAUGGGCUGAAUGCUGUUGCUUCGCAGGCGAGGGCUGCCUGUCCUCCGACCAGUGGGCAUUUGAUGGCAGAGGAGAUGAUAUUAGGAAGACAGGACCAGGAGGAGACAGACUCAGAGAAGAAAAGCCUCAAGAAGCCUCAGCGUUUCACCAGCUGUCUUCCAGACUCUCAGGAACUUCUGGAGAUCAAGAACAAGAAGAAGAUUAUUAUCACAGGUACAGAGCAGUUUAAUCAGAAGCCGAAGAAGGGCAUUCAGUUCCUGCAGGAGAAAGGCCUGCUCAGCACCCCCAUGGACAAUAAUGAAGUGGCCCAAUGGCUGAGAGAGAACCCCCGUCUGGACAAGAAGAUGAUCGGAGAGUUUAUUAGCGAUCGCGAGAACACCGACCUGCUGGACAGUUUUGUCAACACGUUCAGCUUCCAGGGCCUGCGCUUAGACAAGGCGCUCCGUUUGUAUCUGGAGACAUUCCGUCCUUCUGGCGAAUCGGCUGUCAUUCAGCACCUCUUGGAAACCUUCACUGACAACUGGCAUAAAGUGAAUGGUAAUCCCUUCCAGACAAAAGACGCGGACUUAGUCCUGGCUUAUGCCAUAAUGAUGCUGAACACCGAUCAGCACAACCAUAAUGCUCGAAAGCAGAACAUCCCCAUGACAGUGGAGCAAUUCAAGAAGAAUUUGAAAGGAGUUAAUGGAGUGAAUGACUUGGAUCAAGACAUGCUGGAAGACAUCUAUAAUGCAAUCAAGAAUGAGGAGAUUGUGAUGCCUGAUGAGCAGACGGGGCUGGUGAAGGAGAACUAUGUGUGGAGCGUCCUGCUGCGCAGGGGUGCCACGUCUGAGGGGAUAUUUGUCCAUGUGCCCGGCAGCAGUUAUGAUCGCGAUCUAUUCACCAUGACUUGGGGACCCACCAUCGCCGCCCUCUCCUACGUUUUUGACAAGAGCCUGGAUGAUGCCAUCAUUAAAAAGGCCAUCGCAGGGUUCAGUAAAUGUGCCAAGAUCUCUGCACACUACGGCUUCAGUGAUGUUUUUGACAACUUGAUCAUUUCUCUCUGCAAGUUUACUACUCUCAGCUCUGAGUCUGUAGAGAACCUGCCCACCGUGUUUGGCAGUAACUGGAAAGCUCAAGUGGCUGCCGACACAGUUUUCAGCCUGGCCCAUCGUCACGGCGAUAUCUUGCGAGAGGGAUGGAAGAACAUCAUGGACUCCAUGCUGCAGCUUUUCAGAGCUGAGCUUUUACCCCCGUCCAUGGUUGAGGUUGAGGACUUUUUAGACCCAAAUGAGAAGAUUUCUUUACAGCGUCAAGUGACACCAUCAAACAGGAAUGAAUCAACGAUGUUGAGUUUAAUGAACUGGUUGACAUUGAGUGAGCAGUCAGGGAACAGAGGCCCCUCCACUGAGAACCAAGAGGCCAAACAAGCGGCCCAGCUUUGCAUUAAGCAAUGUAACCCAGAGAAGCUGAUCACAGAAAGCAAGUUUCUGCAGCUGGAGUCUUUACAGGAGCUCAUGAAGACUCUAAUCUCUGUGACCCCUGAUGAGGAAACAAUGUAUGAUGAAGAAGAUGCUGCUUUUUGUCUGGAGAUGCUGCUACGUAUUAUUCUUGAAAACAGGGACAGAGUAUCAUGUGUAUGGCAAACCGUACGGGAUCACCUGUAUCAGCUAUGCGUACAUGCUACUGAAAGCUGCUUCCUGGUGGAGAGAGCCGUUGUGGGAUUGCUUAGACUUGCUAUACGUUUACUACGCAGAGAGGACGUUGGCUCGCAGGUUCUCCUUUCUCUUCGUUUGCUGUUGAUGAUGAAACCACACGUUCUGUCCAAAGUCAGCAGAGAUGUGGCUUACGGCUUGCACGAGUUGCUUAAAACCAACGCUGCCAACAUUCACUGUAGUGACGACUGGUACACGCUCUUUUCCCUUCUGGAGUGUAUCGGGGCCGGGGUCAAACCUCCGGCUGCCCUGCGGGUCACCAACACCAACCUUGACAAUGACACGGGUGCUCAGUCAGAUAGUGAACUGAGUUCAUAUCAUCAGAGUGAAGUUGGUCUUAACCGGGGCUACACGUCUGACUCUGAGGUUUACACAGAGCACGGGAAAUCCAGAAUGCUACGUUCAGCUACAGACGUCAAUGUGGGUUGGCUAGUCGUGGGUAAAGAUGAUUUGGAAUGCACUAAGGCAGCAGUGGCACCAGCUCUAAAGCCCCUGUCCCAUCCUCUCAUUAACCAGUACAGUCUGACUGUGGGCCAGGACAUGGGGCUGCAUGACACCAAGUCCCUCAUCAAGUGCGUGGAUUCGCUUUCCUUCAUCGUACGCGAUGCCGCCCACGUCACUCCAGAAAACUUUGAGCUUUGUGUUGAAGCCAUACGAGUGUUUGUGGAGGCAAGCCUUAAUGGAGGAUAUCGCACCCACGAGAAGAAAAAGAGUCACAAAUAUGACUCCAAAUCUAGCCGGCUCCGAAAGAAGCCACGAGAGAAGGAAAGCGCAUCACGGCGAACCAAAACGUCCAGUCAGCGGCCCACCCGUUCCUAUAGCGACGAUGAGGAAGACGAGGGCGUGCCGGCCAGUUACCACACGGUGUCUUUUCAGGUUAGUCUGGAUUUGUUAGACCUGAUGCAUACACUGCACACAAGAGCAGCUGGCAUCUACAGCUCUUGGGCAGAGGAACAGCGCCAUCUAGAGUGUGGUGUCAGAAAGAUCGAGGCGAACUCUCAAACACUGUGGUCCAGCUGCUGGUGUCCUCUGCUUCAAGGUAUGGCUUGGUUGUGCUGUGACGCUCGGAGACAAGUCCGCAUGCAGGCUCUUACCUACCUACAGAGGGCGCUACUCAUACAUGACCUUCAAAUACUUGAUGCUGUGGAGUGGGAGUCCUGCUUCAACAAGGUCCUGUUUCCCCUGCUAACCAAGCUGCUAGACAACAUCAGUCCAGCUGAUGUGAGCGGCAUGGAGGAGACAAGGAUGAGAGCCUGCACUCUACUUUCUAAGGUGUUCCUGCAGCAUCUCUCUCCACUGCUCUCUCUGCCCACUUUUGCAGCUCUCUGGCUCACCAUUCUGGACUUCAUGGAUAAGUACAUGCAUGCCGGCUCCAGCGACCUGCUGCUGGAGGCAGUCCCAGAGUCUCUGAAAAACAUGCUGCUGGUGAUGGACACAGCAGGGAUCUUUCACAGUGCAGACUCUCGUACAGGCUACUCAGACUUGUGGGAAAUCACCUGGGAGAGAAUUGACUGUUUCCUGCCCCGACUCAAAGAGGAGCUCUUCAAACAGGCUGUCAUUCCAGAACCUGUCUGUAAUGUUCCUGUGGAGCCCGUCUCACCCCCUGUUGCUGUUACACCAGCCUCUCCCCCUGUGCCAGCCCCCUCACCAGUGCCAGCUGCCCCUGCAGAGCAAAACAUCCCCAGCAGACCUGCAUCACCUCAGGAUAUGCCCACUCCUAGUGCCAACGGUGAUCGAACAGAUAGAUUGUCUCUUGUUCCUCCCUCAACAUCUCCAAUUCCCAGUCCAGCAAAGAUGAGUCCUCCAGAGUCACUGCCCCUCCUCAGCCAGUCUCCACUCAUCCUGCAGCCCCUCGCCUUGCCACUGCAAGUGGGCGUGCCCCCGAUGUCCCUGCCGAUCAUUCUGAACCCCGCUCUCAUAGAGGCUACUUCACCUGUGCCCCUGCUUCCCCGCCCCUCCACCGACUAACCCACCCACGAACACAAGGUGUGAGUGUCAUCACAAAUUGUGAAGGAGAAAUACAGUGGAAGAGAACCAUCUUAUUUCACUGUUCUUCUAUGUACUUGCACUCUCCUCAACUAUAGCUCACAUUAUUAUUAAUUAUGUAACAGCAGGACUUGAAUAAGAGAGCAUGAGAAAGAGGAUAUUGAUAUGCAUGGUUGCCUCUCUUCAUUUCAAACAUCAAAGGGCAACACUCAGACCGGAAUGUCCUUCAGUUAUCCAUGUUACAUAGAUAACAAUAUUUAUUCAAACCAGCUCAAACUUAAUUAACCUGUACUACAGGAUGAAGAAACCUUCAUCCUGUUGUACAGAAAAUUUAUUUGGAACAGUUCAUGCAGUUUCUUUGGCGUUUACACUACAAAAUGGCCCUCACUUAUAAAAACAAUACAAUUUAGAUACACAACACCAGAUAUACUUAUUUCAGUGAGAUCCAGUAAUUAAUCAUCGUGCUCUUACAACUUUUCAGUCUUGUCAGUGAUUUUUUCAACAGUUUUAUAUAUAUAAUUUUUGAAUUUACUAAACGAACCAGCAGAAUUCUGAAUGUCAGGUGUUAUUUUAUUUUAGUUUUUUUAUUUUUAUUCAUAAGAUGUCUCAAAGAGAGAUCAUUUUGUUUCUCACGUUUAUGCUGUAUCACUGUGACAAUUCUGAACUUUAAAGGCUUUUCAAGAGUUUCUCAAAUUACCCGAACCUGGGCCAUUUCAGACCAUUUUGCCGCACUAUUUGGCACGUUAUUAUGGUAGCUUUAAUCUCAUUGUCGACAAUGACUUGAACAACAGAUCAACUGCAGUUCUUGAAAAAAAAAUAAAAAAAAAAUAAAAAAUUAUAAUAAUAAAAAAAGAAAAGAAAAGAAAUUCAAGGCAUGUUCUGGGAUCAAUACAAGUUAAGCUCGAUUGACAACAUUUGUAGCAUAAUGUUGAUUACCACAAAACAUUAUUUCCACUCAUCCCUCUGUUGUUGUUCUUUUAAAGCAAAAGUCUGGGUUACAGUAAGACACUUACAAUAGAAUUGAAUGGGGCCAAUCCGUAAACAUUAAAAUACUGUUUCAAAAGAAUAGCCACAAGUCAUAAAUCAUAUGCGUGUUAAGAUCAUUUUAGUGUGAUACAAUCUCUGUUCUACAGGAUUUUAGUAUGAUAAAAUAAUUUGCAGGGUGACAUUAUGCUUUAGGGAUAUUUCACCCCAAAAUGAAAAUUCUCUCAUUCACUCACCCUCAUGCCAUCCCAGAUGUGCAUGACUUUUCUUCUUCUGCAGAACAACAAGAAAGAUUUCUAGUAGAAUAUUUCAGCUCUGUAGGUCCAUACAAUGCAAAUGGUGACCAGAACUCUGAAGGUCCAGAAAGCACAAAGGCAGCAUAAAAGUCAUCCAUACAGCUCAAGUGGUUAAAUCGGUCUACAGAAGUGAUCCAGUUGGUUUUUUGUGAGAACAUACCAAAAUGUAACUCCUUUUUACUGUACAUCUUGACAGCAGACUCCUUGAGGAUCCUGUUUUCAAGCUUGAGUACACUUCCUAUUCACAGUAGUCCCAUCUUUUGAUUUUAAACGGGAAUGAAAAUGAGGCUGUGAGGGAUAGACUUCUCUUCAAUGGCACAAACGGUAUAAAUCUCCUAGAUCACAUCUGAUUUUACACACCUCAUGUUGUCUGGAGUUGUUUUGUCUACUGAAUGUUUUUGGGAACAUAUUUUUUCAAUGUUUUGUCUGAAUGAUCCAAAAACACUUUGAACUGCAGUUCAGCUAAUUGAAGACACUAUACGUCUAUGCCUUACAGCCUUGUUGUCAUUCCCUUAAAAAUCUAAAAUGGCUAGUCUAAAGUGUAAUCGAUCUUGAAAUCAAUUUCAUUCAUAGAGACUGCAACGGCAUGAUGUACAGUGAAAAAGGAGUUAUAUUUUGGUCUGUUCUCACCCAAAACAAACGGAAUCAGUUCAUAAGAUAUAUAUGAAACCAUUGGAGUCGUAUGAUUUACUUUUAUGCUGACUUUAUCUCCUUUUUGGACCUUCAGAGUUCUGGUCAUGAUUCACUUGCAUUGUAUGGACCUUCAGAGCUGAAAUAUUCUUCUAGAAAUCUUAAUUUGUGUUGAACAGAAAAAGAAAGUCACACACAUCUGGGACGGCAUGAGGGUGAGUAAAUUAGAGCAUUUUUGUUUUUGGGUGAACUAUCUCUUUAAUAGCAACAAAUUUGAUAAUACUUAAUAUGCAUUAAUAUUGGAUAAUACUUGAUAUGCAUUUACAUAAAUAAGGUUAGUAAAUGAUUUUAUCACAUACCUUUGAAACUGUGUAUUUGAAAAUUUAUGGACUGGCCCUAUUCACUUUCAUCAUAAGAGCCUAACUAUAACCAUGAUUUUUGCUUUUUUUUUUUUUUUUUAAGUAGUCUAAAUUAUUUAAUGUGGUAAUCAACAUUAUGCCACCACAGAUGAUUUCGCUUGAGCUUAACUGGUAUUGAGCCCGGAACAUUCCUCUAGUCAUAUCCAUUUUUAUGGUGAUCUCGACUCUGGAACUGUAACCACUUCUACUUUUGUAUGAAGUCAUAAAUGCUUCAUGAACCUGAGAAGGUUAUCCCAGAAGAGAUCUGCAAAAUUCACCAAUAUAAUAAUUCUCAUACCCACACUUCAGUGUCCAUAAGCCAUGACCACCCAAGACCAGCACAAGCUUCCCACAACUAUAAUUGUGACGUGGCAGUGGACGGGACGGACUUCCUUUAUUUUGUAUGUACAAUUGUUGUACUGCAUUCUUAGAUACAUCAGGACCUAAUUCUGUAGUCAACAGGUAAUUAAAUGGAAAUAAUCUGUAUAUAUAUGAAUAAAAGUUAAAUGUACUUUUUACAGUGUAAUAAAUAUAUGGUAAA